AUGCUGUUGCAUCCGUUCGAGGCUGCGCUUAGCCAACUACAGAGCGACGCGCCCAAUACACAACUCCGCACCCUUGUUUCCGCCCCCGACCACAGUGGGUCCGGAUUUCCUGCAAUAGGCGAAAACUACAUCUGCGAUCAAACCAGUCCACAAGCACCAUCAGCAGACAACAAUACAACAACACCAUCAACUUCCAUGUCGUCGACCUCUUGCAAAGGAAAACUACCCCGUAUUUCCCGAGCUGCUAAGCAAAAAGCUUUACAAAAACUCGGUUUACAGCUUGAUGGGAAAAACGCAUAUUCCAAAGAGGGAGAAAAAGAAGGGACUGAAUCAGACACGCCUAGUGCAGCAUCGUCGAUAAGGAGAAGAUCGCAUCGUUCUAAGACUGUUCCAGGCAAGAAGGUCACAAACAAUACUAAAACACGUAAAUCAUUUGUCAAGCAAAAGGCCGAUGACGAUGAAGACUAUGUCCCAAGUCAGAUCGAGUCGAAGAAGAAGUCUAGCGCAAAGCGCAAAGCGAAUGCGGAUACUACAAAGGACGGAAAGCAGACCAAGAAGCCAAAGCUACGAGCAAACAACCCUGACGGCUCAACCGACUGUGCAACAAAGCGACGAGAUCAAUCGGAAUCAUUCAUCAAACCCGCGUCAUCUGCCGUAUCUUCGAGACACUCACUGAUUGCAGGACUGAAAGCUUCACAGAAAACAAUGGAAGCCUCUCAGACAACGUUCAAAAAACCAAUGUUGCCUUCACACAUCACUCAAGUACCGUCGACCCCGACGAAGCAGAAGAAACUUGUAGAGACACAGAAACGGUCGUGCACCCCAAGGGAUGCGAGGAGACCUCUUCAUGAUGAUGUUUUCUCUCAAAUGCCAUCAUCGCCACCGAUACCAUACGAAGUCGACGAGAUGGAUGAUUGGUCACGGGACACUCCAGCUGUGGCAGCGAUACUGUCGAGCAACAGCAAACCUGUCCCCGCAUCACCAAAUGCAGAAUCAACGGCUAUAUCCGGCCACGCAGAUUGCGAUCAUGUGGCGCAUGAGAAGCGGGCAGGAGAUUCGCAAACUGCAAAAAGUGAUCCUUUCACACGAAGGACCAAAGGCGGAAAGGCCACAUCGUUUUUACGUCGUUUGACAGGGGACGAAUCAAUAGUAGGAGAUCCAGAUCCAGAUCCAGCGACUGAGACAUUGCAAGGUGUGUUGAUUGAUGUCGCGCAAGAUUCACCAGCAAGCCGAGUUGUUGAUCUGGAUCUUGGUACCAAAUGUAGUACUCUUGCUGGCGACUGCCGUAACGACCAGCAAUGCACCUCAGAAGCCGAAGUUUUGCAUGUUUAUCUCGAUUCUUCGCCACCAAGGGUGCACUCGCCUACUAGCAGUCACAGUUCGACCUCUGCUAAGUAUUUAUUCUCCUCCGAACCCACGUUACCUUCGUCAGAAGCCGAGGAGAUUGGGUGGGAGAAGAGCCUUCAGCCUCAUCAGCGUAGUCUACAUGAUGUCUUGAUCAGUACGUCAAAACGAGUCGUGCGUCAUAUCGUCGAUAGCGAGACGGGCCUCGACGACAUUGCAGAGACGUUUGCAACAGAUGGUGAGUGUAUACUAGAGUCACUACUAUCCCAACAUGAUGACGAUUACAAACACGUCUUCGCCGAUAUGGAAAGUAAGAGGGGUGCUCUCCGAAAAGAGCUUGAGUAUGCCAUUGAGCGAAUGGCUUAG